CUGCCGUGUUUAUUUAAAGAUCGACCGGAUAUGCUUUCGAGCCUCAAUUUAUGGUGAUGAUCGUUUUCAUGCUUAAAACUGUCAUGCAAUGGCUGUAACUCAUGGCGCUCUCGUUGUUUGCGGAUCUGGCCCGGGCGUUGCUCGAGGCAUCGCCACGCUAUUUGCCGAGCGAGGAUUCGAGAAGGUGAUCCUCCUGUCGCGCAGUGCGGAACGACUGUCGAAGGAAGCGGAAACUGUCAGAUCGAAGAGCGCGACAACCAAGGUCUAUGAAAUUACAGCAGAUUUUGGAAACGCGGAACAAGUCAAAGCGGGACUAGCAAGAGUCGAAGUCGCUUUGGGAGAGACGCCGCUUGACUGUGUAUUGUACAAUGCAGCUCGGACAGGAAGAAGCGAUAUUCUCGAUUUUUCGCCGGAAGACUUCCAGAGCGAUCUUCAGAUUGCCAUGAUUAGUCUUCUCACCAUUGCACAAUGGGCGAUUCCUCAGCUGAAGCAAGCUUCAUCUCUUGAAGGCCAUACCCCGUCGUUGUUGGUCACAAGUGGAAUGUUGGCAAAGGACCCAUAUCCGGCAAUGUUCUCGCUUGCUGCCUCCAAAGCAGGACAAUACAGUCUUGUACACUCGCUUCACAAACAAUACGAAUCAGAAGGAGUGCAUUGUGCGGUAAUUGUUAUAGCUGGGCACGUGUCUGAGAGUUCUGAGGGAACAAAUCCGCAAAAUAUUGCAAAGGAAUCGUGGGAACUGUAUCGACAGCCGAAAACCGAGGGUAAAUUCGAGGUUGUGAUUCGGGACCCAGCAUUUCUUGAGCACGUGAAGAAUAGAGAGAAGUAGUCAAGACAAUCACCAACACAUGAAACUAUCCCAUAAUUAGCGAAA